CCUCCCACGGGAGUCCCCAUUCCCGCCGUGGUCGACUCCUUUCCCGUUCUCCUCCCCUCCACCAUUUCCGAAGCGAUUCUAAAAAAAAAAAUUAUUUUAAAUUAGUUUAAAACAGUGAGAGAGCGACGCAUCUUUGAUCGCGAGAGAUCGAGGAGAGAUGUGGCGAAGCUGUUUAUCUCGAGCCUUGCGCCUCUCCGCGAAGAAGCAGCCUCCGAUCGGAGGCGAAGGGCUCCUGCGAUCGCCCCCUUCUUCGCGAUCCCUCUCCACAAGCUCGUCGUCGUAUACAGUUGUGGAUCACACUUAUGAUGCGGUUGUGGUAGGGGCUGGUGGUGCAGGGCUCAGAGCUGCAAUUGGGCUCUCGGAACAUGGGUUUAACACUGCAUGCAUCACCAAGCUUUUCCCUACUCGCUCACAUACAGUUGCUGCGCAGGGUGGUAUAAAUGCUGCUCUUGGAAAUAUGACUGAGGAUGAUUGGAGGUGGCAUAUGUAUGAUACUGUCAAAGGAAGCGAUUGGCUAGGUGAUCAGGAUGCUAUUCAGUAUAUGUGCAGAGAAGCACCAAAAGCAGUUAUUGAGCUUGAAAACUAUGGACUGCCAUUUUCCCGAACAGAAGAUGGAAAGAUAUAUCAACGUGCUUUUGGAGGCCAAAGUUUGAAUUUUGGAAAAGGUGGUCAAGCCUAUCGCUGUGCAUGCGCUGCUGAUCGAACAGGCCAUGCUUUGCUGCACACUUUGUAUGGUCAAGCAAUGAAGCACAAUACUCAGUUCUUUGUGGAAUAUUUUGCCUUGGAUCUUCUCAUUGAUCGUGAAGGAACGUGCCAGGGGGUAAUUGCAUUAAAUAUGGAGGAUGGAACUCUUCAUCGUUUCCGUGCUAAAAAUACAAUCCUGGCUACUGGGGGUUAUGGCAGAACAUACUUCUCGGCAACCUCAGCUCAUACAUGUACUGGGGAUGGCAAUGCUAUGGUCGCACGUGCUGGGUUGCCUCUCGAGGAUCUUGAGUUUGUGCAGUUCCAUCCUACAGGCAUUUAUGGUGCAGGAUGCCUCAUUACUGAAGGAGCUCGUGGUGAAGGUGGUAUCCUUAGGAACAGCGAAGGUGAGCGUUUCAUGGAACGAUAUGCUCCCACUGCCAAGGAUCUUGCAUCACGUGAUGUUGUUUCAAGGUCUAUGACGAUGGAAAUUAGAGAAGGACGUGGUGUAGGCCCCUUAAAGGAUCACAUCUAUUUGCACCUGAAUCACUUACCCCCGGAAGUUCUGAAGGAAAGACUUCCUGGCAUAUCUGAAACAGCUGCUAUUUUCGCCGGAGUUGAUGUAACAAAGGAGCCCAUUCCUGUUUUGCCUACUGUGCACUACAAUAUGGGUGGUAUCCCCACUAAUUAUCAUGGCGAGGUAGUUCAUAUAAAAGGCAGUGACCCAGAUGCAGUAGUUCCUGGUCUGAUGGCUGCUGGGGAAGCAGCUUGUGCUUCUGUUCACGGCGCAAAUCGGCUUGGUGCAAAUUCUUUGCUUGACAUAGUAGUUUUUGGAAGAGCUUGUGCGAACAGGGUUGCCGAGAUUUGCAAGCCAGGAGAGAACCAGAAGGCUCUUGAGAAAGAUGCUGGAGAGCAGACCAUUGCCUGGUUGGAUAAGUUGCGGAAUUCGAAUGGUUCACUCCCAACCUCAAAGAUCCGUCUCAACAUGCAACGUGUGAUGCAGAAUAAUGCUGCUGUUUUCCGAACCCAGGAAACAUUAGAAGAAGGUUGCCAGCUGAUUGACAAGGCAUGGGAGAGUUUUCGUGAUGUCAAUGUUCGUGACCGUAGUCUAAUAUGGAAUUCGGACUUGAUAGAGACAAUGGAGCUGGAAAAUUUAUUGAUAAAUGCAUGUAUAACUAUGCACUCGGCUGAGGCAAGGAAGGAGAGCAGAGGAGCUCAUGCUCGUGAAGAUUUCACCAAAAGAGAUGAUGAGAACUGGAUGAAACACACGCUAGGGUACUGGGAGAACGGGAAGGUCAGGCUAGCGUACCGGCCUGUCCAUAUGAACACUCUAGAUGACGAGAUCGAGUCAUUCCCACCAAAAGCGCGUGUUUACUAGAACCCUUAUUGUCGAUCUUUUGUCGAUUUUUUCCUGAGGCCAACUGAUAGCGGACUGAUCUGCAAGUUACAAAUAAAGCGUUGGUGCAGCUGCCAUUUUUCUGAAGAACAUACAUUUGCUUUAUUUCAAAGGGUAUAGUUGAUAAUUGAUACCCAAAUGCCUCUUAUUUCAAUGCCAUGGCUAGACUAAUGCCAAAUGAAGUUGCAUUUCUCCAUCUCAAAUAAUAGCAAAUUUUCCUAGUGUACAACUGCAUGUGUAUCUUCUUGGAUCAUUGUACGCAAUAGAAAUAGCGGUGCUUGUGGUUACUUUUUAAUUUUA